CAGCGUAGGAGAGUACGAGGAGUGGAGCGGGCCUUCGCGCAGGCGCUUUAUAUUGUUUUGACUGAAAAUGCCGUCGGUUUCGAAAACGGCGGCGAGCGCUUCUCCUCAAACCGAGAAACCGACCCACUAUACCUAUUUAAAGGAGUUUAGGACCGAGCAAUGUCCACUGUUUUUGCAACAUAAGUGUACCCAACAUAGACCUUUCACGUGUUUCCACUGGCAUUUCUUAAACCAGCGGAGAAGACGACCGAUCAGAAGAAGGGACGGCACGUUUAACUACAGCCCUGAUGUUUACUGUACCAAGUACGACGAAACAACAGGCAUUUGUCCAGACGGAGAUGAUUGUCCGUACCUGCACCGAACCACAGGUGACACAGAGCGGAAAUACCAUCUGCGCUACUACAAGACUGGCACCUGCAUCCACGAGACAGACACCCGCGGGCACUGUGUAAAGAACGGCCUGCACUGUGCCUUCGCACACGGCCCACAUGACCUGCGGCCCCCUGUCUAUGACAUCAGAGAGAUCCAGGCACAGGAGGCUCUUCAGAAUGGGCAGCUGGGGGCAGGGGAGGGCAUCCCUGACCUGCAGCCUGGAGUGCUCGCCAGCCAGGCCAUGAUCGAGAAGACCCUCACAGAGGACCCCCGGUGGCAGGACACCAACUUUGUUUUGGCAAACUACAAAACGGAUCAGUGCACCAAGCCUCCACGGCUUUGCAGACAGGGCUAUGCCUGCCCGCAUUACCACAACAGCCGAGACAGGAGGAGGAAUCCUCGCAAGUUCAAGUACAGGUCGACGCCGUGCCCCAAUGUGAAGCAUGGGGAUGAAUGGGGAGAGCCCUCAAAGUGUGACAGCGGAGACAGCUGCCAAUACUGCCACUCCCGCACAGAACAGCAGUUCCACCCCGAGAUUUAUAAAUCCACAAAGUGCAACGACAUGAGGCAAACUGGUUACUGUCCGAGGGGUCCCUUCUGCGCAUUUGCACAUGUGGAACGGAUCCCCUCCACAGAGGAGACGAUGAACUCGCUGCUCACCGUCAUGCACACGGGCUCCCAGUCAAAGCUGGGCAGCCAGCAGUAUCCAGAGUGUCCCGCCAGCGAGCUGGGAGGCAAUGCAAACCCCAUCACCAGCACUGCGAGCAACAACGGCCAAACCGCCAGCGUUUCAUGCUCUAAUAGUCCGACUGUAACGUCAAGCUCAGGAAGCAACAGUUCAUUGUCCCCAAUCGGACCCAUCGGCAGGCCCAAAAGCUUUACUAACGGUAGUUUAUGUUCAGAGUCCACCACGUCCAGUGUUUCAUCUCCAACGUCUAACUAUCCCAAAGCGCCGGGGUUUGAGCGUGAGGACCAGGCAAAGAACCUGAAGGGAUAUCCCGUUGAUGGUAAUCAAAAGUUAAUGGACCAAGACAAACAGACCCUUAUCAGUGUAUUCUCAGUGACAAACCCUCUGGCGUCCAGCAUAACUUCCAGCAUAACCUCCAGCCUGGCCUCCAGUAUUGGCUCAGACAGCUCGUCACCCACCACCCUGUCAACCAUGAAUGCAAAAGCCACCCCUUUCUAUCCCGGGAGCAACACCGUGGAGUCAGUCAUAGGUUCUGCUCUUGAUCUGAAUUUCAGUGACAUCAAUGUUGCUUCUCUUGAUAAAGAAUUAGAGGAACAAGAAAAUAAUGGCAUUGGUUUAACAAAUCAGAGGUUGCUAGGAGGAUCAGCCCCUGUGAACAUCCCCGGCUCUUUGGCACGUUCCUCCUCUCUGCAGUCAUCCUCCUCGCUCUCCGCCUCCCCGCUCAGCUCGCUGUCCCAGUCCCUCUCCCAGUCUGUCCUAUCAGGGAUGGCGCCUCAGCAGUGUCAGCCCCCAGCCCCGCCCACCAAGACAGAGCAUGGCCUUCUGGGAACCUCCACCUCCUCCCAGAAUUCCUUGGGUCUUUCCUCCCCUGCAGGUUUGAAUGGGGGCUCUGGCAGUAUAUGGGACUUUGUGAGCGGCAGCUACUCUCCCAGCCCAUCCCCGGUGUUCAGCAGCGUCACCUCCACCACCAUGAGCUCCGGCAGCGCAGACCUGGCACGCAUGUUCAGGGAGCUGGACGAGGCCAAGAGGAAGAUCAAGCAGUGGGAGGAGGCCUGGCAGCAGGUCAAACAGGCCUGUGAAGCCUGGCAGAAAGACGCCCAGGACGCGAAAGAACAGGCGAAGUCCGCCGAGGCGGAGCGGCAACUGGCCACCCAGAAGCGCGAGGACACGGAGCGCAAGCUGAAGGAGCUCCAGGAGGACUUCGACACGCUCUGCAGGUCCUCCAGCGUGCCCCUUCUGCGCAGCUAUGGAGAGCUGGACCAGCUCCCUCUACCAAAGCUUCACUCCAUCCAGAGCCAGCUGCGAACAGACCUAGACCUCAUAGACGGGGUAAUAUAUCAGCUUCAGUCAAAGAAAUGUAUAGUUUGCCAAAAGCAUGAUCGUUCCAUAGUCCUGCAACCUUGUCAGCAUUAUGUACUGUGUGAGAACUGCGCACCUAGCAAAACGGAAUGCCCUUACUGCAAGACAAAAAUACUGAAGUGGUGAUGUAGAACUAUUCAAGAUGGUAUUUAUGGAUUUAGCCCUUUGAAGAACUACUAAUACAUGCAUAAUGCUUACAAUUUAAGAAUGGCAAUUUCUCUCUGUCUUUUCAGUAUUUCAUGUAGUGAAUUGAUAGUUUGAUCAGAAAAUAAAUAAUGGUGUUUGACUGACACAUGGGUUGAUCCUGGAAUUUUCCAAAAUAGUUUAUUUAAUUUUUUUGAAUGAUGACUUGCAUAAAAUAUUUGAAAAGCAUUUAGU